GUGGGGGGAGGGUGGGAAGGAGAAGGUUGGUAGGUGCCAGGUGAAAAACCAAUCAGAGGAAAGUAGGUGGGGAGUGACUGAACUAUGGGUGACAAAAUGGAGUCCAGGUAGGCACAUACAAGUUCGGUGGGGCAGGAUGAAGCCGAAACUACUGGGACAGUCAGGCUUGUGGAUCAAGGGGUGGGGGAGUGGAAGCAGGGAGGGGAUAGGCAGGAAAGGUGAAGAAGGAAUGUAAGGGGAAAGCCCUAUGGGUAGUAGAAGAAGGCAGAAUCAUGACAGAGGUGAUAGGCAGCUGGAAGAGGAGGCAGAGUGAAUUCUCCAACUUCCAGCAAUUCCCUCCCUCUCCCUUCCCCCAUCCCAGGGUUAUCAUACGGAGGAGCAUUUGAUGCCUCUGGGUCUGUACUCGCUGGAAUUCAGAAGGAUGAGGGGGGAUCUCAUUGAAACUCAUCGAGUGUUGAAAGGCCUACACAGAGUAGAUGUGGAAAGGAUGUUUCCCAUGGUGGGAGAGUCUAGGACAAGAGGGAGAAGCCUCAGAAGAGAGGGGUGCCCUUUCAAUACAAAUGCAGAGAAAUUUCUUCAGGCCAAGGGUGGUGAAGUUGUGGAAUUUGUUGCCACGUGCAAACUGUGGAGGCCAGGUUGUUGGGAGUAUUUUAGGCAGAGCUUGAUAGGUUCUUGACUGGCUUGCAAUCAGAGGUUAUGGGGAGAAGGCCAGGAAUUGGGUUGAGAAGGAGAGAGGAAAGAGGAUCAGCCAUGAUUGAAUGGCAGAACAGACUCUAUGGGCCAGAUGGCCUAAUUCUGCUCCAAUGUCUUUUGGUCUGAUGGUUAAUGCUACCAAGCUGGCUGGAGACCAUUGCUUAUGUACCCUGUUUUUUUUUCUUGGUUCAAUCACGCUGGCAAACUCUAAUGCUUAUAUAUAUAUAUGGUUUUACUCAAUGUUCUGUCAUCAAUAUCAACCCUUUUAAUUUCUUUUUUGCAAAAUUUGCAGGUAUCUCCUCCAAAGUCAGAAUUGUGAGGCACAUGCGUCCUCUAUUAUGUUUAUUCAUUUAUAGUCACAAAUCUACCCAAAGCUUGUGUUCAAGUUGAUACUGACAUGCCAAACUCUCUUUGGUCUUAAGGUAAUUCAGAAUAGGUCCUUGCCUCACUUAUACAUCAGGCAUUACUGGUGGACAUCUUUUUGAGCGACCCUCCAAAACUUACUUUGCUUAUUAAUAUCUCAAAAAAUCAUCUCUGUGUAUUAGUUUGAUCUUUGCACUUUGUUCUGUUGUUGCCUGUUACACCUUUUAUAACCAUAUCUAAGAGCACAUUUAUGGUACCAUUUGCGUAUGUUUCAAGAUAAGAUAUAUUUUCAUGUUCUUAACUAAAUUACCAUAUAAAGGUAUUUGUGCUGCACUAGUGUCCUUAUCUUAGGCAAAUUAAUUGAAACCAUUUUUGAUUGAUAGCCCGGUGUAGGUCAGCACCAAAGAACACAGAAUCAAAAUUGAGUUUAUUGUCAAAUGCACAAGUACAUGUGUACAUGGGUGCAAUGAAAAACUUAUUUGCAGCAGUAUCACAGGCAUGUAGCAUCAGAGACAUGACAUUCACAAGAAAAAUGUAUAUUAAACAUGAAUUAUAUCAGAAAUGACACAAAAUGUACAUUGUGAUGCAAAGCUAUCAUAGUGUAUGGGGCAGAGUGGCCACUGUAUUCUUUUGGAAAGAUUUGGAAUCACAAGGAAAUUGUAUGAAAUUUCUUUCUUACCCCAUCUAUCCAUUUGCUGUGCACCUGCUAGGUAAUAAAUUUCUGAGCUGACCUUUGCUUUCUGCCCCAGCAUCAGGAAGAGUGCCACGUGAAGUAUUUAUGUUCAUGCCCUGUGGCUGCCUAUAAAAGAGGUGCAAGGGCUGCACUGUACAUACUCUGCAGUCUACUGUGCACACCUGUUACAGAAGCAACUCCGACUAUGGAUUCUCAACUUCUGAAAAUCUUUGCAAUUUUUUGCAUAGCCUCUACUAUCUUGAGCAACCAGGCGGACUGUGCUGCUAUUGGACAAAUGGAGACUGUGUUCUACCGGGUCCGAAGAAUGACUCCACUCUGGAGAUGGACCAUCCAGAAACCAGUUGGAUCCACAUGUAGGAACAAUGAUGAUUGCAUCACAAAAUACUGCAGGAACAGCCGCUGUUCUGUGAUUGCUCAUCGAGAUUGACAUUCAUUGAAAGAUUUUGUAAAGGAUCAUCAUCUAACCAUGUAAUAACCUAUGUACAGAAUAUGUGUAAAUAAAUGCUGUCUAAUAUACUGUAAAUAACUGUUCAAAGCUCUGUAAAUAAUUGUUUAAACACAACCACAACUGAAUUUCACAAUGUUGUAGAUUCAUAUUUGUUUAAUUAUGCUUAAUGAACUGUAUAAUAAAUUUUCAUUUAUAUUAAAAAUAUAGAAUUUGUAGCAGAGAUAAUUUUGGUCAUUGAAAAAGGUUUAAUGCUGAAAUUGACAUUUUACCUUCUCCAGAGGUGGAGUGGUGCCCCCAGCUAUUACAAUGGUAAAAACCACAUCAUGUCUCUUAAAACAAAACAUAUCCAAUUGCUAGAGGCUCUGCUCGCAUUAUGAACGGUGAAUGGUUGGCCAGUGACGAUUACUGCUCCUCUCGUGAUAAAUUCCCAGUUUAACAUAUGAAACUCCCACCAGCAUGCAAAACUGAAGGGGAAUAGUUUGAUCCAGCUUUUAGUAAGCUUUGUUUUAAACUAAUAGAGUUUUGCAUUAUGAAAGCAUCACAUUCUUAUAAGUUCCUCAUUGACAGCAUGUUGUUCAUUUUAACAAAUGAUAUAAUUAAUGAGGCUUGGGUGGCCAGUGCUCUGGACACUGUCAAGGUGUUUGUGUAAUGAGAUUGUGCCUCAGGUUUGUCUAUUGUCUAUUGUUUAAGAGGAGUCAACAAAAAAUGAAAUGUUGCUGUAGCAAAGCAGCAUACGUCAUCAAAAGAUCCUCAUCAGGCUGGUCAUGCUCCUCCCUCGCUGGUGCCUCAGGACUCACACAGCACCAGGUUCAAGGUUCUUGAACAAAAGGGGAUAAUUAGAUUGAUUCUAUCUCUGAAGGUCCCACAACCGACAGUCUCACUAUAAGGACUCUUCAGCUUAUUUCAUACUUGUUUUUUUAUUGCUAUUUAUUUAUAUUUGUACCUGCACAGUUUAUUGUUCAUUGAACCUGUUUACAGUUACUGUUCUAAAGAUUUGUUAAGUAUGCCCACAGUAAAGAAAAACCUGUGUUGUAUGUGGUGACAUGUAGAAGUUGAACU